AUGCUGUCGAUUCUGGGUCUUCCUGUAGACCCUACCUAUGCAACAGAACUCCGUGCGAGGAUAAAGGCACUUGUGGGCUGCAAGUCAGAUGGCUUUCCUGGCGCUGUUUCUUUACAUCUCACACAAGUUCGUCUGAAAAUCCUUGAAGAAAACGAUUACUUUGUGUGUGAGCGAGGUCGAGGCUCUCGUGUACUCGUUCUUCUUUUGGUCACUCCAAGCGGCCCUGCUGCAUUUAUUAUGGACAAGGGUUGCAAUCUGUAUUAUAACGAGAUCCACUUUCCUCAUGGAAAUAAUCAUCAGGCAUUUCUUCACGAUACUAUCAUGGAUGGCGAGAUGGUUUUACUUCAAAACCAACCAGCAGAUAAAUCUCAAUUUAAAUUUGUUGCUCGUGAUCUCAUCUCAAUUAGUGGGAUAAACGUCACUCUUCGAUCUCUUAGCACUCGAGUCGGGAUUUUACAGCAAGACAUUAUUAAACCACAUCAUCAAUUUUUACAAAAGUUUCCUGAACUGGCAGCCAAAACUCCUUUUGCAGUUGAGAUUUGUCGACAUGAGCGUUCUUAUGGCCUUGGCAUUAUUCUUGGCAAUAUUUCUCGUGAUAAGUUGCCUAGCACUGGCCUAUUAUUUACUCCAGUUCGCGCUGCAUAUUCUCCUGGGCAAGAGACACAAGAAGUGGGACUAUUAAAAUGGAUUUUUCCUAAUGCACACAAAGCAUGUUUUAAAGUUCGGGUGGUAUUUGAUAAGGAGCGCAAACCUCACUACCAUUUAUUGAUUGGCGAUCAUGGGAGUCAUAAAUAUGCAGAUGAUUUGAGUUUACCAUUAGAUGUCGCACAACUAUGGAAGAGUCCAUCACCUGAUGGGCGAAUUGUAGAGUGCACAUAUGACCCAGUUUGGAAGACAUAUAUGUUUGAAAAUGGAUAUGCGGGCGAUGUGCGAAUAGGUGGAUGGCGGUUUAUUCGAUUUAGGGACGAUAAACGUGUUGCUGAUGAAGAGUCCAAACUAAAAGAGACAAUGGAGGCUAUAAAAUACUGCAUUACUCGAGAAGUGCUGGACUCUCAUGUCGAGGCAAUACGAGCACAGUGGAAGGCAAGAGAACGGCGCGCCCAUCAGGCUGCACAUCCAGAUCAAAGACCUACAGAAGAUGCACUGACACACACCCAAUCAUCUUUGGCUCCAACAAGUGCAACGGCUGCAUCUGCUUCAGCACAGUUGGAUGAAACUCAUCCUUCCAAGCGAUUAGACCGUAGAGAAUCUUUUUCAAGUAUGGAUGGAAUCACUGAUCCUCAUUUGCCAGACACACAUCGUCGUGGCUCACAGGGAAGCAAUACUUUAGGUGUGGUUCCGCAUAUUCAAUGUAUCGAAGGCACAUCUAAUCCAUCUAGCAAACCCGAUUUACACGAAAGACGUAAUCGAUGGGAUAAUACGACAUCAUCACAUAAUUUAGCUGAUGUACGAAGUGUGCAUCCAUCGUCAUCUUCACGACAACCGAAUACCCCACUGCGUGGUGUUGCAUUGGAAACACGACAUAAUCGGAACAAAUCCAAUGGGUCGGAUGCCUCAGCUACUAACUCGUUGACACGAGAUAUAAACCAACCUCAGACGGGUGUUCAUUGCAGACCUGCAUCUCUUGGGACUUCUGGCAGUGAGAGCAACUCAGUGAAUGCUUUUAUAGAAACCUCGGUUUGCCAAGAUGUUCAAUCAAGCUCAAGAGUGCGUGGAGGACCAACCCGUCAUAAUCCUGCAGCCAUAUCACCAUCUAGAAAAAAGCUAUCUGGAGCAAUCUCGGUAUCAUCCAUCACCUUGCCCUAUGUUGCCUCACCUUUGUUUAGUACUCCUGUCGUGUCAACAAUGCCUACUAUCACAUCUAUUCCAACACACAUUAAUCCAGCACAUUCACAUACCACUCCUUUAACACCACCCGCAUUAGUCUCAUUUAUUUCAGCAUCACGACAGCACGAAAUAGACACCAAACCAUACAGCACAGACGAGAAAGAACAACAUAAUGUAGAUGAGCAACACAAAAUUGAGACGGUUGUUGAGGAGGAGAUUAUUGAUGGUGGCUUCACACAAACUAAUCCGACUCAAGCGUAUUUAUUUCAAAGUGGGUCGAAUGAGCACAAUCAGUCAGACUCGUUACCACAACCAAAAACACAUGUCUCGCAGGACAAUCUUUCCGGAAACUGCCCGUCUUUUGCAAUACCUGUUGGGACAAAGUCCUUGGCACCGAACAGCAGUCCAGAUACGUUUUCACAAAACAACAAACGGCAUAAAGGACCCGAUAUUCUUCCACAACAGCAACCUCACGAUGACUGCAUUGGUCAGAAACACCAACGUGGGAAAUGCGGACCUACAACAUUGUCUGCAUCUGUUCCCUUGUCUGAUGUAUUGUCACAUCGAGGUCCGGUGCGUGUAGGGAUGAGUUGUGAUGUACUGAGUACAACAAGAUCAAGUGCUCCUGUUGUUCCCAAACCUCAGUUUGUUGUUCAGACACAAGCUCCAUGGCGACAUGGAAUAUUAGAUCACGGAGCUCUUGAAACUAAACCUGCAUGUGCUGAUAGAGGUGCUCCUCAUGUUGAGGAUGACUAUGACGAUGAGAGUCCGUUAUCAGAUGUUGCUUUAGAACGGUAUGGUCGUCAUGAGCCUGCUUUUUCACAUCCUAGCGGACCUAGCGAAAUUAUUCCCACAACGACCCAUCUAGAACAAAGCCAGCAUAUAGCAAUUGAUUAUAUGGACAAAUCUGUUGAUAUUGUCAAAGUUAAUUCGCGAAUCAUAGCAUCAUCAGAUGACAACCAAAGCGAUAUGGUUGAACUGAAAGUUAAAAACGAUGAGGCGAAUGUGGAUAUAUUACACACAGCUUGUUCAGUUGAAACUGUUGAUUUUCAAGUAACGAACGGAUCAUUAUCAACACCAGUAGAUACGGCUUUGACAACACAACCGCCUAUACGACGGAAAUUGAAUUGGUUGGAAUUGGUUAUGAAUGAACCCAUGUAGUUGUGUUUUGCGAUG